AUGAAGAGCCUCAUCGUCCUUGUACCUCUCAUAUGUCUCAUCUUUUCACCUACAACAACGAUCGCAACUUGGCCAAAACCUUCAGAAGUUUCUCAUGAGGCCACUUUGGUGAAUAGUGACCAUUACCACAACUUUGGUAUAGAUUUGAGUGACCUAGAUUCCAAAGUUUGGAAAUGUACUUAUAACAAUGGAUCUGGAGCCGCCGUCUCUAUUUCUUACCCUUCACCUCCACCUCCUCGGUCGCCUAAAUCAUUGCCUCCUCGACCUCCCAAGAAGUCUCCACCACCGCCUAAACCAUCUUCGCCGCCUCGACCUCCCAAGAAGUCUCCACCACCGCCUAAACCAUCUUCGCCGCCACCAACUCCCAAGAAGUCUCCACCAUCUCCUAAACCAUCACCACCGCCACUAACUCCCAAGAAGUCUCCACCGUCUCCUCCUAAACCAUCACCACGGCCACCAUCUCCCAAGAAGUCUCCACCGUCCCCUAAACCAAUAUCACCGUCUCCUCCUAAGCCAUCACCACGGCCACCAUCUCCCAAGAAGUCUCCACCGUCUCCUAAACCAUCACCAACUCCCAAAACGUCUUCGCCGCCUCCUAAACCAUCACCGUCUCCUCCUAAACCAUUAACGCCUCCACCAACUCCUAAGAAGUCCUCGCCGCCUCCUAAACCAUCAACGCCACCACCAACUCCCAAAAUUUCACCACCACCUUCUAAACCAUCUCCUCCACGUCCAACACCUAAAAAAUCUCCACCACCACCACAACCUGUGACCACUCCAAAGGCACCAAUGCCAACAACUCCGGCACAUUCUUAUCAGAAUCCAUGGGGCCAUUUCAUCAGCUGCAUAAACGAUUUUGGGCCGUCGGCAAUAUGUAAACAACAAAUGGAAGUAAGUUACUUCACAGGCAAGUUUCGUGUUAGUGACUAUUGCUGCAACCUUAUUGUCAACAUGAGACAUGAAUGCACCGAUGUGAUUCUUGGCUACUUCACUGAUCCUUUCUUCGUGCCUCUUAUUCGUUGUACUUGCCACGUUAAGAUCUAG